CCUCUCCCUUUCCCGUAAUUUGAGAUCACGUCUUCCUUCUCAACCUCCAUCUCUUGCACCGCGCCGUGCGUGCGUCCGCGCGUUAUUCAUCCCGCCGCACCGCUCCUUUACAUCACACUCUCCUUGCUCCACCGUCUUGCUAUCGUCUACCAGCGCCCUCGCCUCUUGACCCCACCGCUCGCUACCGCCGCGCCAUGCCCGCCCGCUCCCGCGGCAAGCGCGGCGAGCGCGUCCGCUCUGUCCUCUACCAUACAUCAUUCACUUUCUUCCUUCUCCUUCUUGCUGCGCUGUUGAUGGGCUCGGCAUGGGGUCUCGGCGAGCAAGCAUGGCGCACCGACCACCAGCGCCGGUGGAAUAUGUUCGCAAUGGUGGCUGCGUAUGCCGCAGUGGCUAUCAUCUCGUUAUCGCAGAUCUGGUCGCGCGUGCUUUCGGUCAGGCGCGCACUGAACACCAUGCCCAAGCCUUACAUGCCUACCAAGACGAUGGACCUGCCGAAGAAAGUCGCGAACCACAUCGCCACCGAGUACUCUCGCACCGCCAUGAUUGCGCACAUUUCGCAAGCGACCGCGGGGAUGCACGAGGGCUGGGGCCGACCAGGGACCAGGUGGGAGGGCAUCCACUACCGGACCUUCAUCCUGGACACAUUGCCGGAGAUGCGUGAGUGAUAUGUGGGAGAAGGACUGAGAUCUGCGAUGGGCCCUCCGGCGUUGUGGUUCUCUUCUCUCGCGCCGCGUGCGCAAACCUCACUUCGUGACUUUGGGCCCUCACCCGCUCGCAGAAGCAGACUGCCACUUCAUGCCGAUUAUGGGCUUCUGCUCUGUGCUCUCAUGACAGAAUUCGCGCCCCGCUGACAUUAGACGUCCUCCUCCUUGACGACGCGCCAUUGCGCCCCAACAAUCUCAGAGCGCUCACCGCCGCUGCGCAAAGGAUUGAUCCACCACAACGCUCUGGCGAGCCGUCGACGCUCGAGCUCUUCGUCGCCAGCUACGUCGACAUG